CCGAAACGCGGAGACCGACCCGCUUACGUAGCAGGCAAAAGGACAGGUGCGAGGUCCAGGAAUUGAAUCGUGGACCUGGCGAUUGGUGUAUGGUAUGGCUAUGUGGCUAUGUGGCUAUGUGGCUGUUAGUCACGGGGAUGGUCACGGGAUUGUUACGUGAUAAUACUGGCGCAUUACGUAAACUCAGGGCUAUUGUGCAAUCCAGCGGGGUUGCCUCUUGUAUCGGAUUGUCACUUUUCUGUUUCGAUCAAGGUUACACUCGGGUGUCUGACCGAGUUGUUAUUGUUAUUGUUGUUGUUGUUGUUCUAUUUAACGUUUAAGCGAACAGAGCGUAAGCUUUGUUUUGCAACCUUUUUAGGGGUAUAAGACGUGGCAAGCUUUAAUCUAUAUAAUAUUGUUAAUAUUAAUAAUAGUAUUAAUGAUAUAUGGUAAUUAUGAUAUUAAA